UGCUGGGGCUACUGAAGCACCCCAAAUUUUCCCAGGGUGUUGCGAGUAUUAUUCUUCUAGACAGCACCCGCAGGACUUCUGGUAGGUGUGGCAAAUUGGGAAGAAUAUAGUGGGGGGUUUUUCUUCUUUUUUUCCUUGUCAAAUAAUUUCCUGCAAGCUGCAACCAAAAUGGCCUUCACCUUGGACAGUGGUGGACUUGCGCCCUUUGCUUACGAAACCGAUAUGCUCAGCACACUUCGAAUCUUGUCUAAAUGACGCAGCAUAUUGUGAAAUUUCUCUUUGACUGGAUCAAGGUUAAUACCUUUCUGUUUCGAACCGUUUAAUCGUCGACUUCUUUCUGGAAUUAAACGAUAAAUAACAUGGAGAACGUUAAAUCUAUAAGAUGCGAUCCAGACUACUACACGAAAGCUUUCAAGAUCGUCACCGACAAGUGCAACAUGUACGAAUUCCUUGGGAAAUGGAUACAGAGCGAGUUUCCCAGGCUGGUGUUGGAUAAAUUGGCGGGAAGUUUUUCAGCGGAGACGCCCAUCAACAUGCUGGGAGUCGGCAGUGGAUCAGGGGAAACAGACAGCAAACUGGCGACAUGCAUCAAGACUCGUUUCCGGUCCGUCCGGAACGUCGUGGUGGAACCUGCCGAGAAAAUGCUCGACAUCUACCGAGGGCUCAUCGACGGCAACAAGUCCAACUUCGAAGGUAUUGAGUUCGAUCUUCGUCAACUAGGCAUCGACGAGUAUCGUGCCCAGGAAGGCGACCACCCGACCAAAUACCAUUUCAUCAGCACCAUACAGUCUUUGUACUAUGCCGCGGACUUUGAGGACACCAUACGUUAUCUCUACGAUUGUUUGGAAGAAGGGGGGAUUAUGCUGAUAAUUAUUGUGUCAGAUACUUGUGGUUCGUGGCGUCUUUGGAAUCGAUUUCCCCUCAUAAUGGAGACGUCAACCGGAUCCUUCUUUUGCGCCAGUGACGUCCGACAGUGUCUCUCCUCUCAGGGAAUCCACUUCGAAGAAAACCACCAGGGAUUCAACCUCGACAUCACCAGCUGCUUCGAAGAGGGGUCCGAGGAAGGGGGGCUCCUCCUCGAUUUCAUCACCGAAAUCAUCGAUUUCCGCGGUUCGGUGUCGCCCGACUUUCUCAAAGAGGUGAUGGAGUAUAUGGGGUCGGACCAGUGCUCGGAGCGAAAAGAAGAUGGGACGGUCUUCUUUAACAAGAAUUGGGACGCCCUUGUGGUACAAAAGCCGCUCGUGGCUCAAAGCGGUUAAAAGUACAGUUUCCUAUGAAUAGAAAGAGAGAGAAACACAAACACAGCAAGAGAGGGAGGGGUGGAGAGAGCAUAGGCGGCGGAAGCGGGGG